GCAGAGCACUGAACUAAGAGCAGCAGACUUCAACUUCAGAUUUCAUACAGGUCUGUGUUCAGGAUGGCCUCCAGUUUUGUACCUGUUGUGAACACAAGAAAUGGCUUCACCAUCGUAACCCAAGUGGUUCCAGGAGGAACAGAGCAAUAUGGCCUCGGGACUGGAGGUGGAGUCUCCACACGACACUCAGUUAAUAAACAAGACUCAGUUACUAAACUUCUGAAAGGAGAGCCGAAGGCACUGGGGACUGUCCAGAUAAUGAUCGGGAUCAUGAUGUUAUUGUUUGGUGUUGUUAAAACGGCCCACUUUCCAAGUGUGGGUGUCGUCAGUGGCGUCACCUACUGGGGAUCAUGUAUAUAUAUCACCUCAGGUGCUUUGUGUGUUGCUGCAGACAAGAAAACUAAACCUUCUUUAGUGAGAAGCUCCCUGGCGAUGAACAUAAUCAGCGCUGUGGCUGCAGUAGCAGCCAUCGUUCUGCUGUCGUUUGACAUUGCCAUACGUUAUUCAUAUUGUUACAGAUGUUUCUACAGAGACCCUGAAGUGUGUGAAGUUUCCAUCUGAUUGUGUGUCUCUUAAGUAAAAUAGCUCUAGAUGUGCAGUAUUGAUCUGAUCCAAUUCAAUAGUGUAUAUUAGUCCUAUAG